AAAGUUCCUCGACCUCCCAGUUCUCAUUUAUUUACAUUUUUCUCGGCAGUCCUCUUGAGUAUUUGGGCGAUGCCAUAGAUGUAAAUGUUGGAUUUGAUUGGGAGGACGAACAAAUCCCCAGCAGCCGAAGAACCGAUAAUUGGAAGAUCUCUGCUGAGCCAAAUUAAUGGAAACUGUGGACAACAGCAAUUGCGAUACCACUGAGGAUGAUAGCAGUGUUUCUUUUCAAAAUCAUACUCAUGUUUCUCCGAAUUCACAAUCUGAAUCCGAUGUUGUUAAGAGCUCUUCUGAUGCUGUGUCCAGAGGGCUGUCUUCGACGCUCGCCACUGUAAUUAGAGACUUCGAUUCCAGAGCUGAGGACGCUCUCAGAAGCCAGGACCAGCUCUCCUCCGCUCUCCAUCGUCUUACUCGAGAACUUGAUCAACUGUUAGAAGAUGCACCGUUACCAUUCAUCAUGCAGCAUGCUGCUAAGAUUUCAGGUGUUAGAAAGAGAGUUUCAUCACUGAAUUCAGUUUUAAAAUCCAUACAACAUCGGUUUGAUAAUAUAGAUCGAAUGCUAUCUAUGGGCGUGUUACAUGAGAAAAUGGCGGUUGAAAGUUCUGGACAACAUUAGCAUUGGUCAUGUAUUACAGGUGCUUGGAAUCUUUGGUACAUGUUUGAUCUUUAUUCUUCCUCCUUUUACUCGCAUUCCGUGAGAAUUAUAUCAGUUGUGAUGGUGACUGCAAGUUAAUGAAUUAUGAUUCUUCCCCAAGAAUUGCAAACUUCGGUUCUUGGACAA